AUGAUUGAUUUGAUAUGGAAUGUGAACACAUUGACCAGAGAUCUGACAGUGUACUUAGAAAAUCAGGUCAAAAUCAAUCUGUCAGGUUCAGGGGUAGGUUUGUCUUUUGUUUUAGGAUUCGGUGCUGCUUACAUCUGUUAUUACCUGAGCUCAGUUGCAAAGAAGCCGCAGCUUAUCACAGGGGCAGCAACACUAUCUCAGUUUCUACAGAGGUAUUGUCCUGUGGUAACAGAGACUUAUUAUCCGACCUUUUGGUGCUGGGAAGCAAGAAUCCAGACACUGCUCAGGCCAUUCAUCACAGCCAAACCUUGGGUGGAAUACAGAAAUGAGCUCAUUAAGACAGCAGAUGGUGGACAUAUUUCCUUGGAUUGGAAUGAUCAUGAUGACAAUGUCCUAUACCCUGUUUCUGCUACAAGACCUACUAUCCUUAUCUUACCCGGACUUACAGGAACGAGCAAGGAAUCCUAUAUAGUGCACAUGAUUAAACAGAGUGAAAUACUUGGAUAUAGGUGUGUUGUUUUCAACAACAGAGGAGUUUCUGGAGAGAGCCUUUUGACUCCCAGAACAUACUGUGCAGCCAACACAGAAGAUUUAGAAACAGUCAUUUCACAUGUGCAAAAAACAUUUGCGGAAGCUCCACUGAUGGCUGCAGGUGUCUCUAUGGGCGGAAUGCUCCUGUUGAAUUACCUGGGUAAGACUGGCCAGCAGACCCCACUGAAGGCAGCGGUAGUCUUCUCCAUUGGCUGGGAUGUAUUUGAGUGCACGGCUUCCCUUGAAAAACCACUUAACUGGAUAUUGUUUAAUUACUACUUAACCAAUUGUCUACAAGCUUCCGUCAACAGGCACAGACAUGUCUUGGAAAAAUUAUUUGACAUUGAUUACAUCCUGAAGGCCAAAACUAUCCGAGAAUUUGAUGAACGGUUUACAUCAGUGAUGUUUGGUUACAAAACAAUUGUUGAUUACUACAGAGAUGCCAGUCCUUACCACAAACUAAAGUCCAUCGAAAUUCCUAUCUUAUGCCUGAAUGCUUUAGAUGAUGUCUUCUCACCAGGUCAUGCCAUACCUCUGCAGUCUGCCAAAGAAAACCCAAAGGUUGCAUUACUACUAACUGCACAUGGUGGUCACAUCGGCUUCUUGGAAGGGAUAUUUCCUCGAUGGGCCACUUAUAUGGACAGAGUCUUCAAACAAUUUACACAAGCUGUCUUUGAGCAUAAAGAUGAGCUGAAAAAUACAUAA